AUGAAGUGAAAAUGAAGUGAAUCACGACUCGUUGAGCCCUAUCUUCGACGCGUGGAAUCGACUCAUUUGUGCGCUGGUGCAUCGAUAGAGUAAACCUCAAAAACCAAACCAAGGUUCGAAAAUAAUGCAAUCGUGGCGGAAGUGCAGCGAACUGAUGAUAUGCUAAUUGUUCAACAGCAUAUACUCUGAUAAAAAAGUGAAGCAAAAAAAGUGAAAUUCAAUAUCCCAGAAACGAAGCAGCAAACAGAGAAAAAAACCCAGGUGAAGUAAAUAAUGUGCGAAAGAGUGAUUAGUUGAGUGGCAGCAAACAUGAUAAAGCUAAUAGUGCAAUGUGUGCGAUCGAACAGGAGCAAAGUUCACUGGAUGACGAUCGUCUCGUGUUCGUAAUUGUGCCAAUCGUGCAGCAAACUGCAUUAGUAGCCAGCUGUGUGUUAUGCAACGGACGAUAAGUUUUGCAGCGAGCAAAAAAAAAAAUAAUCCAGAGUGAGCAAAUCGAGAAUCUAUCUUGCUGCAACUGACACAAUCGUAAUUUGACGUUCCCGGAGCUCGGAGGUUUCGGAAGUGAAGCUCCCGGUACGGCCCCGGGACGGACCAUUCGGAGGUGAAAAAUGCAUCGGAAGAGUUCCCAAUCAGCCGUAGUCGUUGGUCGCUGCCAGCCAUACGCUUAUCCGGGCGUUGUGAAAACUUCACCCUCCAGGGCGGAUUGGUUGGAUACACCGGAAAUAGUUAAUCGUUUCAGAGCGUGAGUCACACCGGUUGGUCGGUAGGGUUUUGGAAUGGAGGACGGCUCAACUACAGGACGGCGAAGAUUCAACUACCGAUUGAAGGCUGAAAUGAUCCGGUUGGGCGUUUGAAAACGCGUCAAGAAUUCCAAUUAAAAACACUCCCAGGGAAUGGUAAAUAGCAGUGGCUCGUGUCAGUGUGUGCCAGAACAUUAGAGCAUAGAACCGAUUUUCUCAACUUCAACAAACUCGUGUACGACCGUACCUUAAUUAACGUGAAUGUUGUGUCCGCAGUGUUGUAAGCCGAGCCGUGCGGUCCCCCAACAGGGGAAUUAAAAGUGUGCAUCGGACGGCAUCCGUCGGCAUCGACCCUCAAAAACGCUCCGAAAUGCAGUCGGCAGCUGUUCCGUUUUUAUGGUUCACGACAUCGUUCCGCGAUCACCGCUCACGCUUUCGACGCCGGUGCGAUCGUGCGUACGAUCAUGUGUGAUAGAAGCAGCAACAGCAGCAGUAGCAGCAGCAACGUGACGUAUUAUGGUGGUGUAAGAAGGAAAAAAAAUGCAUUCGUUCCAGAAAAGUGUCCCAGCGGGGCAUCGGUUGGGGCCUUGUUAGUGCAAAUGGGGGAAACUCGGGUCUCCUCACAUAAAUAAAAUUAGAGCAUAAUCAAAACGGAUCCCCCCUCGACGGUAGCAGCAAAUAAAUCUCCCCGUGAGCAUGUGUUCGAGUGGUAUGUGUGGUGAAAAGAAGGGAAAAUGAAUUUCGGAGUGUAGCGUGCGUGUCAAAUUUAAGCUCUCAGUUAGGCGCAGUAACCCAAAACCACGGUCGAAGGUUGGAGAGAAGAAAAAGUAGUAGUUUCGAAUAUUUCGUAAGAUCAAAGUGUUGAAAAUCGAGUCUCCCCACUACCCACUAGUGUGACAAGGGUUUGGCAUUAAGUGAUUUCCCACCCCCUUCUCCACCAUAUAUCCUCUGUGAGGUGAAGUCGAAGCUACACAUAUUAAAGAGGCGACAGAAAGAUAGCGAAAGUCAAAAGAUGUCGCCAUCCGAUCGGGCGGCAACGGCGUUCGGCGGCUCGUUAAAAUCCGAUCCAUCACGGUUAAAGAUGUAUCGAUGUCACAAGCGGCUCGAUUUACAGCAGCAGCAUCACAAAUGCAAAAGCUACCGAAGAACGUUAGGGAACGGUCCUGGCUCCGGUCAGACCGCCGGUGAGCGUUUGUUCGAACCGAUGCUUCUCCGCGCGCGUGAGCCUUGUUGCGCGCCGGAUGUGGAUGUGGAGUCUUCCAGUGCUAGUGAUUGCCGGCGGCUGGUGCAAUCCGAUCCUACGGCUGGGCCACCGUACACCACCGCCAGCAACAGCAGCAGCCCGAGUGGCCGCUGUCCCACCGUUGGCCGUCUCCAACCAUCGCGGCCGCGACGCAUCUCGCAGCAGCUGUUCUGGACUGGCGUCCUGCUACUAUGCGCCAGCUUUUGUACACGGACCGGAUGUGACGAUACGGAGCAGUUCCAGAAAAACAGAAAAUUUACUCCCACAACCGCAACAGUCGACACCAUUCCAGCGCGCAUCGUAUGGGCAGCGAUCGAUCACGAUGCGGAGCUACCGUGCGACAUCACGGCACCAUCGUCACAGGACGGCGUGAAGCUGGUGCUGUGGUUUAAGGAUUCCACCGGAAUUCCGCUGUACAGUUUGGACUCGCGCAGCGGUGUGGCGAUAUCCGCCGCCCAGCACUCUACCAUCGCGAACGAUCUCGGCCAGCGGUUGUUUUUCUCGGUCGGUGCCACACCGAAGGAGGCCCGCCUGCAGAUACGCAACAUCAAAACAUCCGACGGUGGCGUCUACCGGUGCCGGGUGGACUAUUUCAACUCGCCCACGCGCAACUACCGAGUCAAUUUGACGCUGGCUGUACCACCAGAAGAACCAAGAAUAUUUGACGCGCAGGGCAAGGAAAUAUCAACCGUCGCUGGACCGUUCCGGGAGGGCCAUGAACUUUUCCUAUCGUGUCAAGUGUCUGGAGGACGUCCACCGCCCCGAGUGACGUGGUGGCGCGAUGGGGUAGAAAUUUCCAGCACCAGCCAUCCAUCCGCCGUCGAAGGAACGUCGGCCAUGGUUAAUCAACUAUUCAUCAGCACCGUCACGAGGGACUUUUUCGGCUCGAAGCUGCAGUGCCGUGCGGCCGGUUCGAAGCUGGUCCCGGCCGUCUCGAAGGAAGUCGCCAUACAAGUACACCUAAAACCACUGCGAGUGAAAAUCAUCUCGCCGAACGAGCUGCUGACAGCGGGUCGCCCGGUUCCAAUUAGAUGCGAAGCGUGGGGUUCCUUUCCGGCGGCGAAAAUCGUAUGGCUGCUCGACGGUGAGCCACUGCGCAGUGCCGACAUUACGGUGCACACCGACACCAAUGAUUCGAAUUUGACCUCCAGCAUACUGACGUUACGCGUGACGGCGGAAAACGAUGGUGCUGAGCUGGCCUGCCGCGCUUCCAAUGCGUGGUUUUCCGGCGGUGCCAUCGAGGAUAAGCGCAUCAUAAGUGUUGCAUACGAGCCGGUCGUAUCGGUGCAUCUGUCCAACGAGGAUCCGAGUCGGGUGAUAACGCGCGCCGAGGGUGAAAACGUUACGCUCAAAUGUCGAGCGGAUGCGAGACCACCGGUCACUUCCUUUUCCUGGUACAAAAACAACAUGAGGAUGUCCGGAGAAAAUGGGGAAACCUUGUACUUGACGCAGCUGGAGCGGGAAAGUGCCGGAUCGUAUGCUUGUGCUGCCUCGAACACGGAAGGUGAAACUCGCAGCUCAUCGCUAACGCUCAAAAUACAGUUUGCACCACGCUGCAAACCGGGCACGGAGCAAACGUCGGUCGGAUCACUCAACAUGCACUCGCUGCACGUGAAGUGUGAGGUGGAGGCCGACCCGCCAGACGGUGUACGGUUCAGCUGGACGUACAACAACACGCGUAACGUGUCACCGGUGCUGAACUCGCGCAUCAGCUCGCACGGGCUCGUCAGCACCAUGACCUAUCUGCCCCAGUCCGACUCGGAGCUGGUGACGCUUGCCUGCUGGGCGAUCAACAAUGUCGGCCGACAGACGGUGCCAUGUCUGAUACAUAUUUUACCUGCAAAGAUUCCAGAUACGCCCCGGAACUGCGAGCUGCACAACGAUACGGUGCUGGAGGUGGUGUGUCUGGCCGGGAGUGACGGUGGUCUAAUGCAGUCGUUUCUGCUCGAGGUCGUCGGUGGUGUAGCGCCACCCGCUUACAAUCUGGACUUUACCCGUGGCCCACCGACCGAGAUCGAUAAUGAAAUUUCCACCAUGAACGAUCAGGCCACAUUAGCACCAUUAUUCCGAAUCCAGGAGCAGAUACCGCAGUUUAAAUUGCACAGCUUAGAACCGGGUCGCGACUAUCAGCUGCUGGUGUACGCCGUCAACGCGAAGGGCAAAAGUGAUCCGCCGUUCGUUAUCGAUAAAGUGCGCGUCGGGUCGGCGCUGGUACCACCGUACGUGGACGAAACCAUCAUCUCCGAGGACCCAACGCCGGCCGAGACUUCGCACCAGGACAAGCAGAAGCAGCAGUCACAGAUGGUGAUGUUUGCCGCGGUUGCAGCUGCCGUGGGAGUUAUAAUAGCGUCCAUAAUCGUGGCCGGUUUCGUCGCGAUAUGUAGGCUCAAGCGGCAGAAACCACCCGAACCGCAGGAAGUCCGGAAGCGCAUGCGACCUGCCCGAACCGAUGUGCCAUCGAUGUACGCCGAGGACGAUGUAUUCGAUGAUGAGUAUCAGCGGCAGCUGGAUGUACGCUGCAGUCGUGCCUCGUCCACCAUUAGAAGUAGUCGUUACGUAUCGGAAGGAUUUGUACAGUAUUCACAACCUAGUCUUAAUGUUUAUAUUGCAGAUCCCGAUCUAAUACUGCCGCGCGGAGGCGACAUCGAGUUCACCACGCUAUCAGGAGCUUAGCACAAACUGCUGCUGGAGACUGCUGACCAACAGCGGACAGUGGUGGGCCAAUAGACCGGGAGAACGCGUGACGGUGGUGUGUGCAUAUAGUGUAGCCAUUAUGAAGCGGCAGUCCAAAAUGAUGCAACUAACUCUUAAUCACAGUAGCAGUGAAGCGAGGGAAGUACGUUUUUAAAACAACAAAACAAACAAAGAAACAACCACUUAAAACAAAUUCACAAAGCAGAACAAAUAGGGAGGGAGCGAACACGUAAGGCGUAGCCAGGUAGGAAAUGGAAAGGAAAAAAAAACAUACAAAUCAAAAGUAGCUAAUCAAACCAAAUAAAUUAAAAGAAAGUGAAACACACUGAAUCAAAGAGGAAGAGAGUAAAAGAGCGGCAAAACAACCAGAAAUUUUAAGCAUUAGUGUUUACGAAAAACAGGAACAUGAAGCAGAAGUAGAUUGGCCGAAAGUUUAAACACAAAUUGUUGCCCGUUCGUCGUGGUUUGCACAUGAACAGAGUUUAAUAGGCAAAAAGAGAUGAGAAAGUCGAGAAAUCGAGUCGUUGGUCGGGAGUAGAACAGUUUUACGUAUUGGUUUUCUGUUUUCAUGUAACUAAGCUAAGCUCAUCAAGAUGACCUGGAAUUUUGCGAGUGGAAAACACACUCGUCGACGUGGCCAUUGGUUGUCGGUUGAUUUCGUUUCUGAACAUUAUUGUAUAAAAGCGUUAAGAUUUAUUAGUGGAGUAGCUUAUAAUCGGGAGAAAACGGAGCAAAAACACUCACACAUCUGUAAUGAUAAACACAGCGCAAAACCCCGAACUCAUCAUUGUAUGAAAACCGAAGCAUAAUGUCGAGCAAGAGCAAAAGCAAAACAAUUGGGAUAGAAUAAAACAACCAACAAAACUGGCCAAAAACAAAAGGAAAAAAAUGGCGCGCGUUCACGGAAAACUAAAACACGAACGUGUGUUCCAUUGUGUUUUUGCGUGUGUUGUAAUUAAAAAAAACGGAGACUUGCUAUUUGAAACCAAAAAAAGGAUCUACUAACAUAGUAAAUCAAAACACACACACACACAUACACAAAAACUCAUCAGGAAGAUAGGAAGAAGCGAAAGAAAACAAGCUGUUUUUGUUUUCCUUGUUUUAAACGCAAACAAAUAAAAUCAGAAACCGAAAUGAUAAAAAACACACUCCACUUGUCACUGUCGACGGUUAAUAAAAAUAGACUUUAAAACAGAGAAGAAAGGAAAAACAAGCAACACUUUUAGCGAUGUAUGAACGAUGGAAGAAACAACGGGGAGAAAAAAACAAUAACAGAAAAAAAGGCGAGAGAACAAAAAGGCAUAGAAAAAUUAAAAAAGAUGUAAAAAGUACUGACGCAAAAUAGAUGAAAGAAUACAGAAUCGAAAAAAAACGGAAAAUAAAGAAGAAAAACAAACAACAAAAACACACACAAAAAAACUACCAAUAAACAACCAUGCCACAGUUUUCGAUGGAACAAACACUAACUAACAAUCAAACGAAAUAAAGCAAGAGCAAAACAAAACUGGAUAACUUCGUUUAAAUGAAAAA